AUGAUCAAAGACGCCGUCAGCCAUGAAGAACGUACGCCGCUAUUCAAAUAUUAUAAAAGUAUGGGUGGCAUCCUCAAGUUUGGCCAAGAGGAACAGCAACAACGAGGGUCUUUGUUUGAUGAAAGGAUCGAUGGUGGUUAUGGGUGGAUCAUUACAGCAGGUGCUUUCCUAUGUCACUUUCAGGCCACUGGGAUUUCUUUUAGCUGGUAA